GCGCUUCCCGAACUCUAAUCGCUCGGGCUGACAUCACGCGGAGGAUUUGCUACAAUGUCAAACAUCCACAGGCUGCGCGAGCUCAUGGCUUCCCCGCGCCACAAUGAGAAGCGUCGCCGCGUGCAGCUGCUCGUCCUCUGAACGCACAGCUCCGUUCACCUUCGCUGGGUUUAAUCCAUGGUCCCGGACGGGAUGCGUUUGAGGUUCGAGUGAGCGCGAGAGCCAGGUCAGAGGUCAGAGGUCAGAGGUCAUGCUGCGGAGGGACUCGCACUCCCACGGCCUCUUCUCCUCCGGCGAGACGUCCGACAAUGACUGUGAGGUGAGGCUGCUGAUUUACCGACAGCUACAUAUGUGAUGAAGCAUCGACCCAACUGCAACUGUUCACGAUGUUAUUUACAUCUUUGACUGCAUCGCAUGGAUUUGUCAGCGCGGAACGCACAAACCAUCCUCCACUCUAAAAUGCGAGUAGGUGGAACAGGUUAAAAGCCAGAAAUCUCAUCACUGAACCACUGACAGGGAUGAAGAUAUGAAAGCUGUAGCGCGGGAUAUUUGAUAAAGGAUCCUCAAUCUUCACGUGAUGCAUCCAUCAAAGCUUCACUCCUUUCCUGGCUGGUACUUUGUUAUGAUGCUGCCGGCUAACGAUAAAAGCCUCGGAUGCAUUAAGUCAACAGAUCACGGUUGUUUUGCUGCUCUGCUCUUUGUCUCUGUGUCUCAGAUGGGGGCGAGCUGUGGAGAGGUAGAUGUAGUGUGUCUGUGCGAGGCCGGUCCCUGUACACUUUAUUCAGAAGCACAUACGCCUACGCCGGGCACGCUGCUGUGCGAACACUGUGGAAGAAACAGAGUAUUAUUGAACAGGUACUCCGAGGGAUACGGCACAGAGGAAGAGUGUGUGAUGUCUGACCCACAGGGCGAGAGCGAUGCAGAUGCUGACAUAGAGGAUACAGAUUGCAGACUCCAGGAGCCCGGUUCCCUCCAGCGAAUCAGCUCGCGGAGACGCAAGCGUCCGCGAGUAGCUCGCCAAGACACCACUGAGAGCGAGGACGACGGCGGACGCAGCAACAGGACUCAUCGCUGGAACCUGAGGCUCAGUCCUGACAGGACACACAGCAGGAUCAUACUGGAGGAGAGCAUAUCACAGGUCCGGCCACUGGUCAUUUGCCGGCCAAGCGUGAAGAGUCCAGCUGAGCAGGCCAGAGGUUCCAAACGGACGUCUCUGUGGCCGCCAUCCUUCUCUCUUCCGCUCCUCCUCCUCCUCUCGCUGCCUCUCUCCCUGUCCCUCAUCAUCGUUAUGGUUUCUUUCUUCCUACCAUGGGCCAGCGCCUGAGAUUAUCAUUCCGAAAAAGAAACCAGAGGGAAGCACAAUAACAGAAGCAGCAACGUGAGGUUUUGGCUCCAUUAAAUCCAAUACGACACAGAUUGACACAGGUUAAACAAAUCCUACAUUCACAAUGGACCCGCAGUGAAAGCAACGUGCACUCAGUGCUUUCCGCUGCCUCAGAAAACCUCACUUUCUGUCUCGCGUCCUCACCCCCUCAAUUGUAAAAAUAGACCUCUCUCGUCUCGUUCCACGUUCUAAUGAGCGACAGGUGUGGGAAGGGUUUCAGGGCUGCGCAGGUACUUUCAAUCAGGAACAUAGCAGGCUCGGUGAACACAAACAAUAAAAAACACGAUGCUGCUGAACUAUGCAAUUCUCCCGCCCCUACUGUAAGAGAGCGUCUCCUGUGUCCUUGGCACUGUCGUCACCUUCUUGGCCCCUUUUCUCUCGGAGGAAAACACUUCACGAAUGCAGGGACUUGCUACUGAAAUAGAGCAUGACCCAAUUUUAAAAGCAAUAGCUGAGCGAUCUCAUAUAACUCCCAUCAUUUAUAUGACCCCCAGUACAUGUGAUAGUGUAAUGAAUGGGUUUCAUGUAUUAUUUUACGUUUUGCAGACUGAUUUUAGAAACUGAUCCUUCUACUUUUUCUGCCUGCUCUUGUGUAUGGUUUUAGGAAAAUAAGCUGACCUCAGACAAAAAAUAGCUUUACUGAUACUUAUUAAUGUUUAAACUAACUAUUUCACAGGUGAAACACUGAUAUCAUGUUUAAAAAUACUUAUGUUACUAUGUCUGUGUUUAUGAAUUACAAUUUAGAUGGAAGUUGAGCUUGACAAUCAGUCAUGCUAUUUAUUUCUAAAUAAAGUUACUGGAAUAAAGCCGUCUCCCAUGGCUUCACUGUACUGUAUAUUUAAUGAUGGGAAAUUUUUAUAUUACUUUGAAACCACUGUUCUUUUUCACUCCACACUGACGUUUCUUGCUGUAGAGAUGAUUUAGUUGAAUUCCUUCCUGCCUGUUGCAUAGCUGGUUUUACAUUUUCUUUGAUCUUAUUUCUUUCAUGGGGCCAUAUAAGAUCAAUAAAUCUAGAUUGUAUUUUGAGAAAUAAAACCUCUCUAUUUC